AUGGCUCCUUCUCAUAGCGAUUUGCUCGCCGAAAGUCUGUCUAAACUGGAGACCUGUCAAAACCAAGCCAACGGCAAGGCGGAUUCUGGCCAUCCUGAAGGGAACUCUGUUUCUAUUGGUACCCCUCGUAUCCACGAAGGUUAUGGCUUUCGUCCUCCAUCUGGAAUAUCUACCCCCCUUAUCGCUUCUGCUUCUGCUGCAUCUGAAAGCCUCGUCCCAGAUUCUAAUGGUCUCGGAUGGCCAGCCAAAUCAACCUAUUCUCGACUCACCGCAACAAACGAAGAGAAGGCUGCAAGAGAGAAAAAACUCGCAGAAGCUGUUCGAACAAUUCUUGAUUGCAUAGGCGAAGAUCCGAACCGAGAGGGAUUGUUAAAAACACCUGAACGUUAUGCAAAGGCUGUCAUGUGGAUGACAAAAGGGUAUGAAGAUCGUCUGACAGAUGUUAUAAACGAUGCAGUAUUCAUGGAAGACCACGACGAAAUGGUCCUUGUACGAGACAUCGACAUCUCCAGUCUAUGUGAACAUCAUCUCGUCCCUUUCACUGGAAAGAUUGCAAUAGCUUAUAUUCCCAAUAAAUUGGUGCUCGGUCUUUCCAAGCUUGCACGGAUUGCGGAAACGUUCAGCCGCCGUCUUCAAGUCCAAGAGCGAUUAACGAAACAAGUCGCCAUUGCCAUUCAAGAAGCAAUCAAACCUCGCGGUGUCGCCGUAGUCAUGGAUGCAACGCAUCUUUGUAUGACGAUGCGAGGGGUUCAGAAACCAGGAUCCAUAACCACUACAUCGUGCAUGCUUGGAUGCUUCCGCACUCAACAAAAAACACGGGAGGAAUUCUUGACUCUGAUUAAACGAUGA